AUGGCAUCCUCUUCAGAGACACAUUUUCUGUCUUUUUCUUUUAACUCCUUUUUCUUCUCCUUUUCUAUUCUGCCUCCAUUUUUUUCUUCUUUACCUUCAUCCAUUUCUUCUUUUUCUCAGAUUCUUUUUUUCCUUUCUACAUUAUUCUCUGCAUCAAUUUUUCUUACAGAGUCACUUUUUCUCCGCCUUCGCUCAUUAUCUAUCUAUCUAUCUAUCUAUCUAUCUAUCUAUCUAUCUAUCUAUCUAUCUAUCUAUCUCUUUCCCUUUUCCUUUCUUUCAGUAUUGGAUUUGUCCUUUCUUUCUCUCUUCCAGCAUUGGAUUUGUUUGUUCUUUCUUUCUAUCUCUCUUCCAGUAGUUUGUUCUUUCUCUUCUAUUAUUGUGUUUGCAAUAUCUCUUUCGGUUUUCUUCUCCUGCUUUAACUUUAUACCAAACUUUCAGUGUUCUGUAAACUUUUUCUCCCCCCCCUUAUCCUUUCUCGUUUUAUUAUCUCCUUCCUCUUUCGCGCCCACAUAUUCGUGGUGCCGACCAAAUGCUUAUUCUCCAAACCUCACUCUUUCUAUUUUUCACUCUCCUAUAGAUUUCCUUCUUAUCCUUGUUAUCUCUUUCCCUCUUACUCUCUUUCUCUUUAUUUCCCCUUCCAUCUCUUUCUCUCUUCUCAUCUCUAAAUCUAUCAUUUUUUUUCUUUAUUUUUGCUCUUCUUUCGAGUUCGCUUUUCUUCUUUAUUCUUGCCUUUUUGUUUUUGCAUCUUUUAGUCAUAACAUUUGCUAUCCCUUUUCCUUUUGCUUCUACACUCUUACAUUUUUCUCUCCGCUUAUUGUGUGUGUGUGUCUCUCUCUCUCUUCCUCUUAUUUCACGACAGCAACUCAAAUGAAUUCAAUAUAUUUAUCAUAUUCAUUUUCCAUUCAUUCUUGUUCUUCCACAUUUAUUUCUUAUCUUCUAAAGCUGUCGCAUUAUGUCGUUCUCUUUUUAUUUUAA